AUGAUUGAACUACUCUUGAUAGGUGUCAUUGCUGCACUUACUAUAUUCAUUGGUUAUAAACCAUUGAAAGCAUUAUUAGUAAAAUCAUCAACCUCAACAGAUCAAAAAUCAACUUCUUCUGCUGGUAAGAAGAAAUUUUAUGAUGAAAAUGCACCAAUUCCAGAACCAACUCCAUUAAUGAUUACACCUGAACAAGUUAAAACUUAUGAUGAUAGACCUUGGAGACCAUUCCGUUGGCCAUAUCAUCAAACCAUGAGCAUUUUUAAAUUAGAUGUUAAUCAUUGGUUAGAUAUGGAUAAAUAUUACUGGCAUUAUAUCCAAGAAAAAGAACGUAUCCAUCAUGAAUAUGGAGAUGAUAACUUCGGUUGGUUACCUGAAGCUGAAGAUGCAUGUAUUGAAUUGAUGGAGAUGGUUACUCAACAUAUGUUGAAACGUUAUCCUUUAUUAUUUAAAAGUGAAGAUGGUGGUGUUCAUGUUAAAAAUGAAUUAACUGGUGAAUUGUUAGAUAUGUCACGUCCUUUGAAAGAACAUCCAUUACUUUAUGUUUCCAAAAUGGCUAAGGAAGAUUUCUACGUUGUUUUGAAAAGAGAUGAUGGAUUACACUAUUUAGUUGCAGCUGCAGUUCCAUUCCCUGGUGGAUCUUUUGGAAUCAAGGCUAAAUUAGGUAGAAAUCUAGAUGUUAUUCAUAAUGAUGUUCCAUAUUAUGAAUCUAAAUUGAAGAAAUCUAUGGAAAGAUGGUUUGGUAAAAUGACUGCAAGUGAUUUAGUUGAAAGAGCUUCUUGGUAUAUGUCAUGGGAUCAUAAAUUAUUGUGCAGUAAUGUUUAUGCCUUAAAAGAAGGUGAAAAAGUUGAUUCAUCAGUUUUACCAACAGAGUUUAAUGUUAGAGUGGAACGUCAAACAUUAAGAAGAUUACCAAAGAGUAAAGCCAUCAUUUUCACAAAUCAUCCAGUUUAUUAUUCAGUUGAAGAAAUGAAAGAUGAACCAUUAGUCCCUUCAUUAAUUAAAAAAAUCAUCUUUGAAGGUCCUCAAGAUAUCAUCAAGUACAAAAAUUUUGAAAGUUUUAGAGAUCAUAUUGCCCCAUAUUUAGAUGGAUUAAUCAAACGUCAAAUUGAUAAAGGAUUAAUCAAAGAAGAUACUCCAUUGAAAACAUUACCAUCAUAUCCAUUUGCUCAAUGGGUAGAACAAAGUGAUGAAGUUAAAGGUUGGAAUAAGGCAAUGUUGGAAAGAAGUGACGCUGCACAUGCAUCAAAAGCACAACAAAAAGCUACAUAG